AUGUCCCACUUUGUUCCGGCCACGGCGCCGGAAGCUCCCGCCGUGCGGUCGGCGGAAGCGCUGCCGCCAGAUGCCAAGACGCAGGUGCAGCAGGUGCUGGACCAGUACCAUGCCAGCCCCCAGUACCACACCGCGCGCAUCCCCACUGCACCCGCCAGCGACCCGCUGCAGUGGGCCUGCUGCCUCCAGCUGCCCGCCCUGGUGCGCCCAGGCACCGACGAGACGGUGCUCAAGGAGUGCACCUUCCAAGCCACGGGGCGGGGCAAGCACGACGCGGAGCAGCAUGCGGCGGUGGCAGCGCUUGCACACCUGGCAACAGGGCGGCAGCAUGCCAAGGAGCGCUUGGCAGGAGCUGCCGGCAGGCUGCAGGCUGCAAGCGACAGCGGCGUGCCCCAGCUUGUUGCCAGCGAGCAGCAGGGACAGGAAGUUGAGUAA